AUGCGGUUGACGGAAUUGUAUCUGAUGGGGGACAAGUUUAGGAAAAACGGCAACGAUUGUGUCCUCAAGAUCCUGGAGGCUUGCAGCUCAACACUCCGGAAACUCCAACUCGACGUCGAGACCCUGGCCAGCAACCAACACCAACACCUCUUGCCACUCCUCCGUAUCAUCUGCGACUCCAUGACACAGCUCCAACACCUCAGCCUCUUCAGAAAGCUCGUUGUCCAGAUCCAACCCCUCGCCAUGCGGUGCUUUCUCGAAACCUGUCCUUCUUCCCUCAUUACCCUCACCCUCGGUUGGUUUCAUUUCCCCAUCCAAUCCAAGGACAAGGACGAAGAGACAAAGGACCCUGCCGCAGUCAGAGGUGCUAAGCCUCAUCCGAAUUUGAAGGUGUUUAGUCUGGGUGCGGGGUACAGUUCGGCGUUUACGCCAGUGGAUCCGGAGGUCUCGUCGGCGAUCUUUGUCCGCUUCCUCCAGAGCUGUUCGCCGGGCAUCAAGACCUAUGGAAUCAACAGCAAUCACUCCUGGGAGUUCAUUCAGCCAGAGGUGACCGAUGCUGUGGCUACGCUAACAGGGGCCAGGCCACGGUACUUUCAGGUGGACGCAGUCGAGUUCUCUUCCGAGGAGGACCAAGCCAUGGCAGACGAGGUAUCAAGUCUCUGGAGGACCCAUCAAGAAACCCCCAACAAUAACGACAAACCUCGAGAAGUAUGGACAUCGAUUAAGAUGGGGGGUUGCCCACUCUCCUCACCCAUCACCUUCAACACCAUCCUAGAAUCCUGUCAACACGGUCUCCAGAACCUUCAGAUCCACCUCGGAGAAGGCAUUACCAACAACGAUCUCCAAACCAUACUCCACACUGGCACCGCAUUACGGCGCCUCACCUUCAAAAACAAUUGGCCAUCACUCGAUUUUCGGGUCAUGUUGCAAUCGACCUGGAACUGCACACUUCUUACAGAACUCAAUAUCCAGAUCACCAACAUCCCACGGCCCGACGUCCUCUUCGACUGGAAAGGCGACAGGAUCUUCCCCCUCCCAGACCGAGCAGAAACCGCCACCAGCAGCAGCAGUAUGGAAAUGGAUGAGAGCCGUCGUAUCCAGAGAGAAAUAUAUACCCGCCUCGCAACCCUCGUCAACCUAGAGUCCCUCCAACUGGGCGCCACUCGACAACUCCCCAGUGUCAAAGUCACAAUCCCCCACAAUGGGAAAACAGGAUCCUUCCAUAGGAGUCAGCAGUUGGACUGUCUCGAAAUGUCGCUCGACAGUGGGAUGGAUAUCCUGUCAGGGAUGAAGAGUCUCAGGAAGCUGUAUGUCCACCGAAUGGAACACCGGAUCGGGAUUCGUGAAAUGAAAUGGUUCGAGAGAGAGUUUCCCGAAUUCCAGUCUCUUUUUGGAAUCGAGACUCAGACAAAGAGGACCUGUCUGCUCUAUGACCUCGAUGAUCCUGACCUCAACAAGUGUGGUGUUGGAUACGAAUGGUCUUAA